AUGCGGUUCCUGGGACUCUUCAGCCUUCUGGGCCUCGUGGCCGCCGCCAACGCCGCCGACUUCCAAACCGUGCGGGACGACAUCGCCAACAUCAGCUCCAUCCUCCAAACGCUCGACAACAACGCCAAGGGCAUCCAGCCCGGCUCGCUGGGCAUCGCGCGGUCGCUGCAGCUCGAGGUCGACUCGGUGCGGGUGCACAAGCUGCUGCUCAGCACGACGAAGGACACGCAGGCCGCCGCCCCGUUUGGCGACCACUCCAUUGACAUUGGCGGCGACUUUCUGAACCUGCAGCCCGUCAUCAACCGCGUGCUGGUCACAAUCACCAACCUCGAGGGCACGCUGCGCGAGCUGCGCCUCGUCGUGCUCGCGUGCGUCUACCAGCUGAGGCAGGAUGCGCAUGUGCUGGGAAACGAGGUCGCCGGCAAGCUGAGUGCCGACUUUCAAGAUGUCACCCAGCAGGUGCUCACGGAAAUUGACGACGCGUUCAACAAUGCCAUUGCAGCCUAUGGCGGGAAGUACAUGACGGAAAAGAAUUGA